AUGGGGUGGCAGGACUGGGACAUACCCGCCCCAGACAUCACAAAGCGCAGCACCCUGCUUCAGCUAGGCAGCAUGGCCUUCAAUACCUACGCAGCCGACAACAGCACGGCUUCAGACUGGUACGACAUCUCGCACGAGUGGGGAUCGACGCCGUAUGGAUGGGAGCCGCAGGCGGACGGCAUGCGCGGGCACGUCUUCGUGUCGACGGACAACUCGACCGUCGUUAUUGCGAUCAAGGGCACGUCGGCGGGGUGGAUGGUCGGUGGUGGUGGUCCCACUGUGGGGAAGGACAAGAAGAACGAUAACCUUCUGUUCUCCUGCUGCUGCGCGCGUGUGGGUCCCACGUGGUCGACGGUCUGCGAUUGUUACGAUGGUGGUUAUCGGUGCGAUACGGAUUGUGUGGAGGAUGCGAUGAAAGAAGAGGGUUUAUUCUAUUCUGUUGGAUUGAACCUCUAUAACAAUGUUACAUACAUGUAUCCAAACGCGAACAUUUGGUUGACUGGGCACUCGCUGGGAGGAGGUUUGGCUGCUCUGAUGGGAACGACGUUUGGUGCACCAGUCGUAGCCUUUGAAGCACCGGCUGAACGAUUAGCAUCCCAGAGACUCCAUCUUCCCCGUCCGCCGACAACGCAUCACAUCACCCAUGUAUACAACAACGCUGACCCCAUUCCAAUGGGUGCUUGCACGGGCGUCACAUCCCUCUGUGCCAUUGGCGGGUUUGCCCUCGAGACGCGGUGUCACGUCGGCCAAGUCAUCCUGUACGACACCGUGCAGAAACUCAACUGGUCAGUCGACAUCCGGAACCACGGGAUCAAACUGGUCAUCGACAAGCUCUUGAGCGACGACGCGGAAUGGAAACCCGAAUUUAACGGGGAGAAAGAAGCUGCGCCAAGUGGCUGGCUAUCUGCCUUGCGCUGGGGGUGGAAGAAACGGCAGGGCGAAGAGCCGGCGGAUGAUGAUGGGAAGGUGUACAGAGAGGUUCCUUUGGCGAGGCCUGCUAUAGACGUAGAGGGUGUUGAUGGUGUUUGUACAGAUUGUUAUAGUUGGCAAUUCGGUAGCUUCAAGAACCGCACAGCCAAAUGCAACUAA